AUGAAUUAUCAUUUCAAUUACACAAACCCGGAAUACAUUACGCUCCUUAGCCUGGCCAAGUAUCAGUUAUUCAUCAUCCGACACACCAAGUACUUUGUCAUGCUGUCGACAUCCCCAACCCUCGCCACGGCCCAUCAAGCCACCCUUCUCAACGGAAACAAUAGCAGCGCACGUGCAAUCUCCCUCCUUGACCAUCCCCGCCUCGAGUUGCCGCUUGUAGCUCAACCUCCGCAGCCGCUCAGUUUCUCCCGGCGUGAGCUGGACGUACGUCUCGAUGACGAUGCAGUGGACCAGCAAACCGAGCCAGGCAGCCGCGCCGAACGUGACAUUGAGCCCGGCGGCGACUUUAUCUGGCCGACCUGA